AUGACUCCUUCUAACAAGAACUUCUUAAUUGCAUAUGCAAUUAUGAAGGAUGAGACUGAGGGGAGUUACAGAUGGGUGUUGAAAAGGUUGAGGUUUUUGAUUGGCGACCACCUACAACCAACUUGUAUUUUUACUGAUCGAGAGUUGGGGCUGCUUAAACCAGUGAAAGAGAUAUUUCCACAUACCCCUCAUCUUCUUUGUACGUGGCACAUAAAUAAGGAUGUAGAAGACAAAGUGUUCAAACUGUGUGGGAGAGACACCGCAAUAACUGAUACUUUCAUGAAUGGGUCGUGGAAGAAACUUAUUAAGGCUCAAACAGAGGAACAAUACGUAGCAGCUUUGACCACUGUGAAAAUGCGGACUAGAGCGUUUCCAGCUGUGAUGCAAUAUCUUGACCGUACUUGGUUGGGGCACAAAGAGAAGUUUGUAUCAUGUUGGACAAACAAAGUCUUACAUUUUGGAAACACCACUACGUGUAGAGUGGAGAGUGCACAUGCUCAGCUAAAGCAGUGGCUCAACUCUAGUACCGGUGCUCUAGACACAGUUUGGACGAAGGUGGACUGCGUUAUACAGUCCCAGUUGACUGAUAUUAGGAAAACACUCGAGGGCUCCAGACAGACUAUAGGCGUCCAUCGACGAGGUUAUCCAUACGACCAUGUCUCCUACAAAGUGUCCCACUACUGUCUUGAUUUAGUGGCGAAGGAACUAAGGCGUAUGAGAGAGUUGAGUUGCGAUGUUCUAGUUCGUUGUGGUUGUGUGCUGAGGACAACACAUCAGAUUCCGUGUGCAUGUGAGCUGAAAGCGGUGAUUGAUGCAGGUGUUCCGAUUAGUCUGGACAGUAUCCAUUCAUUUUGGAAGACGCUUGUUAUCGGUGACGGGGUUGAAACAUCAGAACAAGCCGAUUAUGCCGCUUUUCAGUCAGAGGAUCAUCGGUACUUUUGCGGGGUUGUGGAGGAGGUGAUGUCUCAAGAUCCCUCUAUUGUGCGCGACAUAUCUCAUAUUAUCAACGAGCGACUUCAUCCCAAAGAAUCUGCUUAUCUUGAACCAGAAGUAAAGAGCACGGUGAGAGGUAGACCGAAGGGGAGCACAUCCACCAAGCGGAACCCGAGUGUUUGGGAGUACAGUCGUGGUCGUGGCCGUGCCAAGUCAUCACAAGGUCGGGGCUACAGUGCUCCUACAUCAGAUUUUAUCCCGAAUUCAGAGCUUAUUCCUGGAAUCAUAUUGCCAUUUGUCACGAAAUAUGUGGACGUGGAUGGCGACGGGAACUGUGGGUUUCGCGUUGUCGCAGAUUACAUAUACGGUGAUCAAAACAAGUGGGGUUUUAUAAGAAGAAGCAUUGCAAAUGAACUAGCCGGCAACCCUGGCCUAUAUGACGGUCUUUGCAGUGAUGGGAUCCAAGCGGCCAUUUCACGUAUUAGGUGGGAAGGGGAGGCAUGUGGGCGCGAACACUGGAUGCAGGUUAUAGAUGACUUGUUCCCCAUUGCCACUCUCUUCAAUGUAGCUGUCAUUUUCAUAAAUGGCGCGACGAACUCACAGCGGGGUUUUGGUACGUGUACAAUUCUGCCUUUACAUUCAUCUGAUAUCGACUCACGACCACUGAGAGAGAUAGUGAUACUAUUUUUGGGUAGAUACGCUCAUUUUGUUCGUCUAGAUUUAUGUGAUAAUUUUCCAGUCCCUCCUAUUGCCUCCUUGUGGUUCACAAACAGGGAUGCUACCGUUGAGUAUUUGGAGGGAUUGUACGUUCUCAGGAGAGCGCAAUGGCAGAGAUUGUUAGAUGCUUCUGUUUGA